UCGUUCUCGCACGUUUCUCUCAAUUCUCUUCAACAUGGCGACAUCCUUUCACUCUGGCUUUCUCAUCCUCGUCCUUGCUAUCUUCUUUCUUGUCCAAACGACCACCACCAGCUCAACCGCGACGUCAACAUCCAUGCAUUCAGGGGGUUUGGAGACGUUGAUUGUUGCUCAAGAUGGGAGCGGGAAUUUCACGAAGAUUGGGGACGCAAUAUCGUUCGCUCCAAACAAUAGCAAUUACCGAACAAUCAUAAAAGUCAAAGCAGGAAUAUAUUAUGAAUAUUUGGAGAUCCCCGAGAACAAACCAAACCUCAUGCUGUAUGGAGAAGGGAGUAAUGUUACAGAAAUCAGAGGGAACAGAAGUGUCGGUGAUGGCUGCAAAACUUUGUAUUCUGCAACUGUUGCUGUCUUAGGCCAAGGCUUUAUAGCCCGAGACAUCUCUUUUAUCAACACGGCUGGCGCAUCUAAGAACCAGGCCGUGGCACUGCGGGUCGAUGCCGAUAUGGCCGCGUUCUACCGAUGUGCGAUCGACGGGUACCAAGAUACUCUUUACGCACGCCUUGGUCACCAGUUCUACCGUGAGUGUGACAUCUCCGGCACCGUCGACUUCAUCUUCGGUGACGCAACAGCCGUCUUUCAGAUGUGCAACAUCUACGUCAAGUUACCGGCAUCAGGACAGUCUAAUACCAUCACAGCACAAGGUCGUAAAGAUGAAGACGAUAUCAGAGGCUUUUCUCUUCAAAACUGUUCCAUUCUACCAUCACAGGAGCUCGCUGCUAGUAACGUAUCAGUCAAGACGUUCUUGGGUCGACCGUGGAAGACCUACGCAGUGACCGUAUACAUCAAAUCUUAUUUGGACAGCAUAGUCGACCCAAGCGGAUGGAUGAAGUGGUCCGACGGGGACGACCCCGCCAUGUAUAAGGUGUACUAUGGUGAAUAUGCUAAUUAUGGUCCAGGAAAGGGGACACAGGACACGAGGAUAAAUUGGCCGGGAUUCCACUGGAUGGAAUACGAGGAAGCAAGAAACUUCAGCGUUUCUCGAUUUAUCAAGGGUGACGAGUGGUUGCCUUCUACAUCUAUCCCUUUUGAUGACGGUAUUUGA